CGGGUCCCGCUAACUCUGCCCAGUUUAUCUGCGCUUCUGUCCCCGCGGUCCCUUGGCGGGGACGGCAGUCGUUGUCCGCUCGCGGACCCACGCGGUUAGCAAGGCGUGGUGUUCGGACUGGCCGCCUUGCCCUCCCUCCUGGUUUUUCCUCGGGGCCUAUCCGCCUUAGGGGCGCCUCCGAGAGGCGGAGGCCCCCGGGACUCGGCCCGAGGAAGCUAGGGGCCCAUCCCCGCUCUGGGAUCUGAUGGGAGGUGGCGGGAGGAGCGACCUGGCAUGUUCAGUCUGAUGGCCAAUUGUUGCAGCUGGUUCAAGCGGUGGCGGGAGCCUGUCAGAAAGGUGACACUUGUGAUGGUGGGACUUGAUAAUGCUGGUAAAACAGCAACGGCAAAGGGAAUCCAAGGAGAGCACCCUGAAGAUGUAGCUCCUACUGUUGGAUUUUCCAAAAUUGACCUUAGACAAGGAAAAUUUGAAGUUACCAUCUUUGACUUGGGAGGAGGAAAAAGAAUUCGGGGAAUCUGGAAGAAUUACUAUGCUGAGUCCUAUGGAGUAAUAUUUGUUGUGGAUUCCAGUGAUGAAGAGAGAAUGGAAGAGACAAAAGAGACAAUGUCAGAAGUGCUAAGACAUCCUAGGAUAUCAGGAAAACCUGUAUUGGUGUUGGCAAAUAAACAAGACAAGGAAGGGGCUUUAGGAGAAGCUGAUGUGAUUGAAUGUCUGUCGCUGGAAAAAUUGGUCAAUGAGCACAAGUGCCUAUGUCAGAUAGAACCUUGUUCAGCAGUCUUGGGAUAUGGAAAGAAAAUUGACAAGUCCAUUAAAAAGGGCCUUUAUUGGCUGCUACAUAUUAUUGCAAGAGACUUUGAGGCCUUAAAUGAACGCAUCCAAAAAGAUACAACAGAGCAGCGUGCUCUUGAGGAACAAGAGAAACGCGAAAGGGCUGAACGAGUGCGAAAAUUACAAGAAGAAAGAAAACAAAGAGAAGAAGAGCAGGCUGAACUCAAUGGAACCAGUGAUUUGGCCGAGUUGGACCCAGAACCAAUGAAUCCUUUCCAGCCGAUAGCAUCUGUAAUCACUGAGAAUGAAAAAAAACUUGAAAAAGAGAAAAAGAAGCAAAACAUGGAGAAAGUCAGUGAUGGCUGCCACCUGAAACAUAAAAUGGAGCAUGAGCAAAUAGAGACAGAGAGCCAGAUUAGUGACAAUGGCCAAAAAGGCAAUGAAUCUGGACUAGUAGAAAAUUAUAAGGAGGCAUUAACACAGCAGUUGGAGAAUGAAGAUGAGACAGACCAGCGAUCAUCGGAAUCAGAUAACGGUAAAAAGAAAACUAAGAAACUAAGAAUGAAAAGGAGUCACCGGGUAGAGCCAAUUAAUACAGAUGACUCUGAUCCUAAGAGUCCAACACCACCCCCACCUCCUCCUCCUAUUGGCUGGGGAACCCCCAAAGUCACUAGACUUCCAAAACUUGAGCCUCUUGGUGAAACACGUCAUAAUGAUUUCUAUGGGAAGCCGCUGCCUCCCCUGGCUGUGCGACAGAGACCCAACAGUGACACUCAUGAUGUGAUCUCAUAGCCAAGUCAUGUGGAUGAGCUCUCUUAAUAUCAGCAAGGUGAACUGGGACGUUCUUUUUUCUCAAAAGAAGGAAAACUCUGAACAUUGUUGACUGGGGCAAGAUAACGAUAGUGAUUUCAGUGAGGAGGUUAAUAGUUAAGGAUCUCACUUGAUAAUUACCCAUGUUCUUCACAGUUAAAAAAGAAAGAAAGCAAAAUGGCCAGUA